UUCCGGACAGCAUUUGAAGGUAACCCUCGCGCAUGCGUAUUGCGCUCCAAAGGUGCAGGGCUUGGAGUGCCUCAGUGCGGCAGGAAAACCGCACCACGGCUCCCUGAGACAGAAGAGGGGAGGCUUCAGACUCAGGGUGUCUCCACCAUAACAGGAGGACUUCAGGGAGAAGCCUUUAGACCCCCAGGAACCAAAGGAAUGGUUCCUGCUUUUAUUCCGACUGAAGACCUCCAGAGUCCAAGGAAACAUCCCAACCUGGUCCCAACGAAGCCAAUUCCAAGCGGUCCACAGCAGUCUGGAUGAAAAACACCAGGACCAUCCACUCAUUGUGUAAACCUGACUGAAGUGCACGAGAAUAACCAGUCAGUUCAUCCUUUAGUGACUGAGAAACCCUGUGAGUAUUAUCUGUUCACUCCAUGAGGGGGAUGCUUUCACACUGAGAGGCUGGUCAGGGUUCAAGACUACAUCUGAGCUGCAGAACCAUGGGGGAAGUUCAGGACAUCAGGGAUGCGAGGAAGACCUUCGUGGCUCCUGUGAUCAAAUCCUUUGAGCACUAUGACUUCUCCAGAGCCAAGAUCUGCUGCAGCCUCACCUGGUUGAUGGCCAAGGCUUAUGGGACAGACAGCGUCCCCACAGACCUGAAGGACCCCUUCUACACGGACCAGUACGAGCAGGAGCACUUGAAGCCCCCCGUGGCCAGCCUCCUCCUGUCUGCAGACCUCUACUGCAGAGCCGGCAGCCUCAUCCUGAAGAGCGACGCCGCCAAACCCCUGCUGGGCCACGAUGCCGUCAUCCAGGCGCUGGCUCAACGCGGACUCUACGUCACGGACCAGGAGAGACUGGUCACUGAGCGGGACCUGAGGAAGAGGCCUCUGCAGAUG